UGAAAUAAUUGGACGAAUGAUAUGUACAAAAUUAUAAAAUUUCAUUCUCUUUUUAUAACUAUUAGAUGUAGUUCAACAGAAAUAGCAAAAUAUUUUCUAUCAGAUAUUAGAUUUACUUGCAUAAACUUAGGAGUUCUGUUGAGAAAAUAAUAUCUAAAAACCUUGUCAAUAGUUCAAGGAUCAAAUGCACUAAAAUGAGAGUAUCAGAUAUUUAAUUUAUUUACAUUAAACUAAGGUCUAAACCUAUACGAACCAUGGUCAAUAACAUGUGCACCACCAACACAUAAAACGCCAUUCUGGUCCGGGCUGGGGUCGAAUAUCUUACGAGUUAAGACUCCAUUUUUUAUUUUUCCGCAAAAGAAAAAGACUCCGUUUCUUAAUCAAACACACACUCUCUCUCCAAUAACAUGUGCACCACCAACACAUAAAAUGCAUUCUGGUCCGGGCUGGGGUCGAAUAUCUUACGAGUUAAGACUCCAUUUUUUAUUUUUCCGCAAAAAAAAAAGACUCCGCUUCUUAAUCAAACACACACUCUCUCUCCUUCGUCCCCCCACUACCUUGUGAAGUCCCAUUCUGUUUCCAACUUUUCCCUGAUUGGGCCAUGUACAAUAUGCAAACUCCAAAUCCUAACACCCCACAGCAAACUUCCGUUGACUACUACAGUGAUGGCUUCGAUGAUGGUUAUUUCGACGAUGCUAUUAGCUCUGAUGAUCGUCUUUUCUUUGGAUCAAAUCUUCAAGAAGAAGAAGAAGAUGAUGAUGAUGAUGUUGCUGAUACCCACAAGGUUAUUAUCAAGAAACGAAACCAGAGAAUCCUUACGGAAGAUGAUAUACGUCAACGCAUGGAGGAUGACCUUUCUCAAGUCUCUUUAGUCCUUUCUUUACCAAAACCUGAGGCAAGUCUUUUACUCUGUUCCUUCAAUUGGUCUGUCACUAAAAUAUAUGAUUCUUGGUUUUCCGAUGAGUCUGGAGUACGCGAGAAAGUUGGUCUAUUGGAGAAGAAAGUCUUCUCGAUUGACCUUGGAGUUGUGGAUUGUGGGAUUUGCUUCGAAUCGUUCCCUUUUGAGAAGACCAGUUCAGCUGCAUGUGGCCAUCAUUACUGUAUUGACUGCUGGUCUUGCUAUAUUAGCACUUCUAUCAAUAAUGAUGGUCUUGGGUGUUUGAUGCUUCGAUGUCCUGAGCCAUCUUGUCGUGUUGCUGUUGGUCACGACAUGAUUGAUUUAUUAGUAUCCAGAGACGAUAGGAAUAAGUAUGCCCGGUGCUUUGUUAGGUCUUAUAUUCAAGAAAAUAGAAAGAUGAAGUGGUGUCCUGGUCGAGACUGUGAUAAUGCCAUUGAGUUUUUGGAUGGAGAUGGAAGCUUUGAUGUUACUUGCGAUUGUUUUACUAGCUUUUGCUGGAAUUGCGAUGAGGAGAGUCAUCGUCCUGUGGAUUGUGACACUGUGAAAAAGUGGAUUUCAAAGAAUCAAUCUGAGUCUGAAAAUAUAAACUACAUACUAACAUAUUGCAAGCCUUGUCCCAACUGCAGGCGUCCGAUUGAAAAGAAUGAAGGGUGUAUGCACAUGACCUGUAGGGUCUGCGGGCAUAGUUUCUGCUGGUUGUGUCUUGCUUCAUAUAACAAUCAUAUUCAAUGUAAUGGAUAUACUGAUAAUGUAGUUAGGAAAAAGGAGAUGGCUCAGCAGUCUUUAGAGAAAUAUACACACUAUUUCGAACGAUGGGAUGCCAAUCGAAAAUCAAAACUCAAAGCACUUGAAGAUUUUCAACAUGUUAAAAAUGUGAUCUUCAAAAGGCUUAGUGAGAUACAAGGCUCACCUGAAAGCAAUUUUGAUUUCAUAACCAAGGCAUGGCUGCAAGUGGUUGAAUGCAGGAGAGUUCUGGGGUGGAGCUAUGCAUACGGAUACUACUUACCUGAGGAUGAGUUUGCUAAGAAACAAUUUUUCGAAUACUUACAAGGUGAGGCUGAGUCUGGAUUGGAAAAGCUUCAUAAUUAUGCAGAGAAAGAGUUAGAGAAGUUUCUAGAAUCUGAUGGGCUAUCAAAGGAUUUCACUAAAUUUCAGACGAUGCUACGUGGAUUAACAGUUGUGACUGGAAAUUACUUUGAAAAGUUGGCUAAAGCUUUAGAGAAUGGCCUGUCUGAUGUGGUAUCCCUCUCCAAUGGGGCUAGCACCAGCAGCAGCCGCAGCUCAACAGAUGGAACAGAAGAUUAUUGGUUUUGUGAUCGUUGCAGCUAUGCAAAUCCUGGGUCAGUCUUACAAUGCCAGAUGUGUGUCUUGUUCAUUGAAAAUUAGUUAACUUAUGCUAUGAAAUGAAGGUAAGAGUUAGAAAAAACUUGUGUUUUUCUCACUGAUCAUGCAUAUUUAUGUAAAUAAAGUAAGAAUUGACUAUAAAUAACAUCAUUCAUAAUUUGACAA